AUGGAGCUGAGCGCAGAGAAUCUUGCUCUGCACGACACGGAUGACCGGGAGUUUGAUUCUAGCGACGAUGACUCAGAGUACACUUACGAGACAGAUCUUGUGUACCACGACCCGCAGAAGGAGUGGGAGGAGAACCUUGUGCAGUGCUUGGGCGACGGUUUGCCAACUACGUGUGGAUGAAGAUCGCUAGUCGUAUUUAUUCGUGAGCGUGUACAUAUUAACGUUGAUACAGCAUUAGUUUGAGUAGGAGGCCCUCACUCUUGAGCCUGAUGUUCGGGUUGAGAGCUUUGAGGAUCUUGAUUAGUUUGUUGACGAUCGAAACAUUUAGCAGCAUAACAAGGCCUGCAACGGAUGGAUUAGGCUGGCCGACGCGUUUGAAGAACGUAAUGAAUAGUAAAAAGGUGUUUUUGAUCACAAAUCUCAGGUCGGGCAGAUACUCGUCUGACCGUUUUAUCGGGACCUCCGACAAGUUGUUGAUGUACACAUUGGAUGACAACAAUGUGAUGAGGUUCUCGACGGUCAUGUUUGUAUCUGUAAGCUUGUACCCAAGUUCUAGAAAGCUGUGGAAAUCAAUGGUACGGACGGUGACGUCGGAGCCGGCCGGCUGUCGUGAGGUCGAGUUGAGGUGAGUGAACAAGUCCUCGGCACUUAUGUUGAACGAUUCCGGGGACAUAAGGACGUCGACCAGCUCGCUGAGCACGGCGAUUUCUG